AUGAAGGAGCUAAGGGUCCUUGCAAAAUCUGUGAUAAAUUGCAUUAUGGUGUUUGUUGGUUCAAAGGCAAACCUAAAUGCUAUAAGUGUGAAAGAGGAAGAAGGGACAAUGUUCUAUGCUUGUCAUGAUGCCUCUGUAAUCAAGAACAGUAGUGUGUGGUAUGUGGAUAGUGCUUGUAGCAACCAUAUGACCUCACAUGAAUCUCUGCUCAUUGAUAUAGACACCAAUGUCACUGCAAAAGUGAAGAUGGGAACUGGAGAUCUUGUUCAAGCCACUAGUAAAGGCACUCUAGUGAUUGAAACGAAAUCUGGACCAAGGCAUAUAAAGGAAGUCAUGCUUGUACCAGGGUUGGAUGAGAAUCUGCUUAGUGUUGGACAGAUGAUUGAGCAUGGAUAUUUCUUGCUCUUUGGUGAUUCUAUAGUGGGGAUAUAUGAUGACAAGUCACUGAAACACCUUGUGACUAAGGUUCCAAUGACUGGAAACAUAUGUUUUCCUCUGUCCCUUCAAUAUGCAAAUGCGGUAGCUAUGAAGGCAACAAUUAAAGAAACUACAUGGUGUUGGCAUAGAAGAUAUGGUCAUCUAAAUCUUCCUAACUUGAGAAUGUUACAACAGAAAGAAUUGGUGUAUGGACUGCCGGAAAUUGGUGACUUAGAGAAGGUGUGUCAAGGUUGUGCAAUGGGGAAAUCACACAGAGAGGCAUUCGAUAAAGAGAAGGCAUGGAGAGCAAGCAUGCCACUAGAGCUCAUACACUCAGAUAUGUGUGGACCAAUGCAAUCCACUACCAUUUGA